CAUCCCUUUUCAAUGCCAACGCCCAACUUGGACGCGUUGAACACAAUAAUGGGUACAUCGACACACAGCGCAUGGGAUUUCAUGUAUUUCCUCCUUCUGAAAGGGGGCGUGGAGCCGUAGCGCUGCACGACAUCCCGGUACGGAGUGUCGGUUUGUACAACAAUCUCUACCUCAAUUUUUUUCAGGAAGGUCAUACAUUGUUCACGAUACCGAGAUCACUCGUAAUAUCAACACGAACGUCUCUCCUACCUGCACAUAUUGGGCCGGAUGAAUGGAAAAGUAGGCAAUUGGAACGAGGUUGGUCUGGAUUAAUUCUUUGUAUGAUGUAUAUAUCGAGAGAAGAAGGGAACUCAGAUAGCACCAACCAAGGACACUACAAAACUUAACGUUUAUGGUAUACCACCCGCAAGAAGAUGAAAGCGGCCGAAGCAGAGCAAACCUCGGAGACGAAUCCGACGGCUGCAUGA